AACCAGAUAGUUAUGUGGCUCAGUCAAGGUCCUGACUUUCUCCGCUUCCCCUCAUCCCACAUUCCUGCUCAUCUGCUUUUGAAGCCAAGGAAAAGAUAGAAAAUAUGGCCGACGAAGGCAGGGAUGAGACUGAAUGACCAUGGAGCUAGCUAGCCGCAUUAUCUGCAUCUGCAUCUGUGUCGUUGUCGCCGUCACGCCAUCGAAAUAGCCCCGCAUCCUACUGACAGAUCCAGCUUGAACACCUUCGUCAUGUGCUUACCACACGCUUUGCUUCAUUUUUUUCACAGAUGUUCGAUACUCGGAGAGGCACCGUUCCUCGAGAUACGGCGAUCCUGACCGCGAACGUGGUCGAGAACGCGAAUAUGGCAGACACAGUGACAGAGACGCUCACCGGGAAAGAGAGCGCCAUGAGUCUCGCCGUCAUGAUCGAGGCGAACACGACAGAGGCACUACUCGUGAGCGGUAUAGUGGCCGCGGUGGAAGAGGAGAAGAAUUCGAAGAGCAUCCUCGACGCCGUCAUGAUGAUGAUCGAAAACGGGAGCGUCGAGGGCCUCCUCGUGAUGACGAGUUUGGUGGAGGACCUCGAAGACCUCCUAGAGAUGAGGUGGACAACGGGGAUCGUAGAGGCCGAGGCAAGCACCGUGAACCCGCGGGUUCGCCUGAAAGGAGGUCGCCUACUCCAGCAGAUGCCGUUCCCUUGUCGAUGAGGAAGAGAAAGGCAAGUGGUUGGGAUGUUCAUGCUCCAGGCUACGAGCAAUACACUGCGAUGCAAGCAAAACAGACAGGUCUCUUCAACUUGCCUGGCGCCAAUCGCACACAGAUCCCUCCCAUCCUAUCAAUACCCGGUCUUCCGCCACCAAUGCCGGUGCAGACGUUUGGUAUGGGUAUGGGUGUCAAUCCCAAUCUAUCGAGGCAAUCACGGCGAUUGUAUAUUGGCAGUAUAACGCCAGAUAUCAAUGAGAACAACCUGGCUGACUUCUUCAAUUCCAAGAUGAAGGAAAUGAAUAUCGGUACAGGUGCUCCGGGCAACCCAGUGCUUGCCGUGCAAUGCAACUAUGAGAAGAACUACGCCUUCGUGGAGUUCCGCAGCGCUGAGGACGCUACAGCUGCUAUGGCUUUCGACGGUAUCAUUUUCAUCAACGGUCCUUUGAAAAUCCGACGACCCAAGGACUAUGGUGGUCCUGAUGCGAUGGGCCCUGGUAUGCACGUACCUGGGGUCGUGUCUACCAACGUCCCCGACUCUAUCAACAAAAUCUUUGUGGGCGGUUUGCCGACAUACCUCAAUGAAGAGCAGGUUAUGGAGCUCCUGAAGAGUUUUGGCGAUUUGAAAGCUUUCAACCUUGUCAGGGAGAACGGAAACGGCCCUUCGAAGGGCUUUGCUUUCUUCGAGUACGUGGACCCGGGUGCUACUGACGUUGCUAUCCAAUCUCUCAGCGGUAUGGAGUUGGGUGACAAGUAUCUCGUGGUUCAACGCGCAUCUGUUGGAGCCAAGCCAGGACAGUCACCCAUCCCAGGAAUGUACGAGGCAUUCCCGGAGAUCCCCAAACCUAUCCUUCCAGCAGGCGAUCUUCAAGGCGAGGACGCACGCAUCUUGCUCAUGUUAAACAUGGUUGUGCCCGAAGACCUUUCAGACGACCAAGAAUAUGCGGAUAUCUACGAAGACAUCAAAGAAGAAUGUGGCAGGUUCGGCCCUGUGGAGGACCUGCGCAUCCCUCGACCAGUCAAGAAAGACAAAUUCAAAUGGGGGGACAGUGGUAUGGACAGUGGUUUGGCAGCACAACGCGCUGACGAAGCUGCCGGUGUGGGCCGAGUCUAUGUGAAGUACACGGAAUCGGAGAGUGCAAAGUCUGCUUUGAAGGCAUUAGCUGGACGAAGCUUUGCUGGUAGAAGUAUCAUCGCUACACUGUUGAACGAUGACAGUCAGACGACUCCUCCGCUCAACCUGAUCUUCGCCCCACAACCGGAAGCGCCUCCCCCUCUUCCUCAGGAUUAGGAACUUGUCUCCUGGAUAGCGUCGUGUACAUACUGUGCUUCAGCCUCGAUCGUGUGUCAUAACUUGUGCUUGUAACCUCGCUAUCGUUAUAUAUACUUUUCACUUACUUCAGUAAGGCUAAUCGUCUAUGCUUGACCAAAGUUGUUACACGGUGGAUAUAAACACAUGAGUGAAAUGUACUCCUAGGUUGAAGAAAUCGUCAAAAAUACGACAAACUUCAUGGGGCUCGACCUGCGCGACGGUCAGCUUUCCUCUGCUCGAU